GUUCUGCAUGGGACCGGCGAUCAGGAGCUCAAGUCGCUAUCAAAAAACUCCACAGACCUUUUCAGUCCAAACUCUUUGCCAAACGGGCCUACAGAGAACUGCGACUGCUCAAACACAUGAAACAUGAAAAUGUGAUUGGGUUGUUAGAUGUCUUCACUGCAGAGAUUGCACUGGACCGGUUUAAAGACUUUUAUCUGGUGAUGCCGUACAUGGGGACAGACCUGGGUAAACUGAUGAAGCUGGAGAGACUGACUGAGGACAGAGUACAGUUCUUGGUUUAUCAGAUGCUCCGAGGACUCAAGUAUAUUCACUCGGCAGGGAUCGUCCACAGGGAUCUCAAGCCAGGAAAUUUAGCCAUCAAUCCAGACUGUGAACUGAAGAUCUUGGACUUUGGUUUGGCUCGGCAGGCUGACACAGAGAUGACUGGUUAUGUUGUCACGCGCUGGUACAGAGCGCCUGAAGUAAUCCUAAAUUGGAUGCACUACACACAAACGGUGGACAUCUGGUCAGCGGGUUGCAUCAUGGCUGAGAUGCUGCUGGGGAAACCUCUUUUUAAAGGAAAUGACCACCUGGACCAGCUCAGAGAAAUCAUGAAGAUCACAGGAACACCCGCCCCUGAGUUUGUGACAAAGCUACAGAGCCAAGACGCCAGAAGUUACCUCAGAAGUAUACCAAAGGUGCCCAAGAAAGAUUUGCACACUAUAUUUUCCAAAGCUAGUCCAGAUGCGGUGAGUGUGCUGGAAAAGAUGUUGCUGUUGGACCCAGAGGAGCGGGUUAGUGCCUCAGAGUCACUGGAGCUGCCGUUCUUCAGUGAGUUUAGAGACACAGACGAAGAAACUGAAGCACAGCCGUACGACCAGACCAUGGACAACACUGACCUGCCCCUCGACCAGUGGAAACGCAACACAUUCACAGAGAUCCUGACUUUCAGACCUCCCAAAGACUCCAGAGAGACCACCCUUUAAAGCACAAACUGUCCUGUACAUUCAGCCUAUGUGUGGGACAGGUUUGCACACAUGGUUUUAUCUUCCUCUGUCAUGAAAAUGUAACUGCUUCUGUUUUAAUAUGUGAAUAAAUGUGAAUUGUAUGUUCUUAACUGUGAAUAUGUAAAUUGGCUGCACAAGCAGUGUUGUUUGAAGCUAAUUAAAUAGCAUGUUUAAACAAGAGCUUCAGAAUGAAUAAAGAUUUUCGGUUCA